CAUGUUAUGGCGUUUUCUGCGUAUUCUACACUUUUAAGAAUUGUAGGCAGUGUGCGUUAAAGAAAUCUUAUUUGGUUUUAGUAGCUUUUGUCGCAGUGUAGUAGCGCAGUGCAGUGUGAUAUAUUUUAUGUUAGUACCUUAGUACUGUACUAAGACCAUGGCGGAGGAAUCCGAUCCCAAACCAAAAACGUAUGAGAACGGAUGGAUUGUCUGUCGCUCUCAAAAGCGCCCGGGACUAUUGUAUGACUUUAACACCUUUACAGGUGAAGCGCAGUGGCGAGAUCCCGACAAAACUGGGCAUCUUACUGCCAUUACGGAUAAAAAUAAAGGUCCAUUUGACUGUCAUGAACCAACUGAGCCUCCAAUGGAGCCAAAACCUCGUAAACAGCCAAAAGUCACACAGAGCAGCCCUGCCCCAAACAUUUACAACAAACAGAUUAUAAAUAAUCAGUUUCCAGCUAAAUCAUUUGCAAUUGCCCCUUAUGGCGCGAUAGACCCUGGCCAGAUGAAUGCUAUGCAUCCAACACCUGUUGUCUUACUUGGUCACUCAGUAACACCUUUCAACCAGUUCCUUACUUAUGGUGGCCUAGAAAACAUACAGUUUCAAAACUCAUCAAUGACUUUGAGUAAUAGAUUUCAAGUUUUAAACCAGGUAAACUCUGGAAUCCCUAUUGGUAUGAAUUUCCCAGAUGAAGAUCAUAGUAAUUACGAAAGUUAUAGCCACCAACAGCCGCAUCAAAAUUAUAAUAAACCCUGGCAUAAAAUGAACCAUAAAAGUCCUGUAAAAAAUAAUUUAAAUAGACAUACUGAUCUGAGAAGUAAACUGAGUAGCAGAAAAAGGCCGGACCUUAAUGCUCAUGAUGCUAAUGUUACAGUUGCAGAUAAAUCUGAAAUCAAAAAGGAAGAUGCAUUAGUUAUUGUCACAGAAGAUGAACUUAAUCCAGAUGAUAAUGAUGAAUGGUUGCAGGCACAUACUGAUGGUGUGAACAUGGAGAGCUUUUGGGAGUCGGCUGACAGUAGCACAAGUCGCGACUGCUGUUAUAUUAUACCCACCACAAGAGUUCUGCUCAACAACAUGCGAUUUUUGACCAGUCUUGUGAUAUCAGACGAUCGUAUCCGGCUUUUGACGCCGCGCGACGUGGUGCGUACGCUGCGUUGCGCUGCAUUCUCGAGCAACGGUCGCUUAGCGGACUACGCGAGUCGCGCGAGGACGUUCGCCAUUCGCCAGAUGAGGAAAAUUCCUGACAAUUUAAAGGACGCACCUAAUGUUGUUUCCUGUUUGGAAUUAAUUGUUCCCAAUAUACAAGUGGUUCGUCUUGUCGACGAAAAGGAUAUGCUGAAUCAAGAGUCUAUCAAUGAUGGUACAAUUACAGUUACUGAACUAAAGCGGUAUUUAACACAAACUUCAACCCCGAAAUCAACACCUGUCUCCAAAACGCAUACUAUCUGCGAACAAAUUAAAAUAACAGUAUCAAAUGCCGAGGUUCAUCCUGAGAGUUCACUGCGAGUAGCGGAACCCCAAAUCCAAAUACAAGAGAGCUUAGAGAGCCCUGGUAUAUGUAAUGCAACUACGAACUCAACCACUCUAGAAUCUCCAAGACUUGACACUGAAAAAACUAAACAGAAAGAGAUAGAAAUCCAAACUGAUCUGCCGCCAGAAAAACGAACUGCAAACGUGUGUGUACAGACAGAUUUUGAUUUUAUAACACCGUCAUUUGAGAUAAACCCAAAUAAAAAUAAAACCAGCGAAGCGGCGAAUGCCGUAAAUGAUUUGUGUGAUAAGCAAAAAGAAUUAAAUCUCAAGUCAGCAGAAAUAGGGCACAAUGAAAUUAAAACCAGUUCUAUAGAAGAUAGAGCAGAGGCUUCUAAUGAUAAUAAAGCAACAACAGCAGCGCCACGAAAAAUCAGACUAAAAAGGCUGCAACAUUCAAAUGCUAGCAGCAAAACAGAAGAGAAAAAACCCUUCAAAUGGCGCAGGAGAAAGAACACCCAGCAAGCAACGGUAUUCGAACACGUACAGGGUUAUCUAAAUAGCAACAUCAGUACAUCUUCUACCAGCCACCUAAUCCAACAAAAUGAUGACUCCAUGGAUAACUGCAAGUUAACCGACGCCAGUGCCGAGGCGAUGGUCGAUGAAUCGUCCACAUCGGGAGUAAUUUCCAAUUCCAUUGAUUCCGAAUAUUCCGAUAGGCAACCAAUCCAAAAUGAAUUGAACACGGACCGAAGCAUUGUAGUUUAUGAGGUUACAAGCGAUUUUAUGGAAGAUCGUCUGAUCUUGAGGAGCGAUGAGUGGAUGUCACGGUUCGUGCAAAUAAUGGAAGAAGUUCUUUCUCAAGUGCUCCUAUUGGACCCGCCUUUUGUAGACGCGACAUUGCCUCCGCCGUGGACUUUCUACGAGGCUACGGUAUGCGUUAAACGGAAAUUUACAAACGAAACAAAACUCGUCUAUGCUUCCGAUAAAUUGGCUAUGUUCCUUUUGAAAAUAAACGAUGAUAGAGGGAACUUAGUGACAGAAUUAAGCCCUACGGAUUUCAUGAAAAUGUACACCUUUGGCAUAAAUUUAGUCAACAAACUGCAGUCGGUGUUGGAAGAUUGUGAAGAUGUACACAUAGCAUCUCAAAAUUUAUCUCACUUGCUAAGCGACAUUCGGGAGCCUGAUUUAGACGAGUCCUAUGAUGUGGAAACAUUCAAUUACGACGGGCCAAACCACUCGCCCACUUUCAGCGAAGCGGUGACAGAUAUGUCGACAAUAAUCUCAGGCUUCCCACCCAUGCCAGUUCACAACAGUUCUCCUAAAAACAACGAGAAAAGCCAGCCGUGCAACGACUCUCCGGCAAGAUAUAGUCUAAGGUCCAGUCACUCACACUCACAGCAGAAGAAGUUAGAGGAGGAAGCACAGAUACAGACUAAUGCUGUGUGUAAUGCAAACAAAAAAUAUACUUUGUUUUCUAGUCUUGGAUUGCAAAAAAGGGAGAUCAAAGUUGAUAGUAAUAUUACUAUUUCUAAUUAUUCUAUAGACGAACAACCUAAACCACCUUCACCUUUAACACUAACACCUGAAGCUUCCGAGAAUGCCCAAGGCGCAGAACCAAAGAUUGUUAGAAAUUUUAAUAUAUGUCCCGAAAUUGAGAAAAGAUUAAAUGGCAAAAUCUGUAGUAAUGCUACUGACAAUAAUGAUUUCGUCGAAGUUGAUUAUGUACCUGAGAACUAUAUGCCAGAAAAUAUGCAUGUUGCAGAAGUCGUUGAUUUAGCACAGGACGGUUUUACCAAUAAUGAAACUGAGACGACGGAAAUGGAUGUUGACCUGAACUAUAAAUGUAGACAACCGCCCAAUGCUGAUUGCAUAUGGAAACAGGUUGUUAGGAGAGUAACGUAUGAAUACCACCAAUGGUUAAUACAUAUGCAAACAUUCUGCAAAACUACAAAUGCAACCAUAAAAAGUCUAGACUACCAGAAACAGGAGUACCCCACCAACAUGAUGAAAAAGAUCACUGAAGUCGAAGAACACGCGAUCAGUGUGUGUCGCCGUUUUAAAUGCAUAUUAAACCGCGAUCCCAGCGUAACGAAGAACAAAUUCCGCGAUAUGGUGAAGAGUUGCGGAAUCGUUGAUUUUAAUAUGAGCGACACUCAAAUGGCUGAAUAUCGAAAGUCAAUAGAGAACUGUCUGGAGCUGGCGGAACUACUAUUAACGUGUGUGACGCGACUUGCCGAGGCUGUCAAGGUGAAAUGACAGCACUUACAUUGUUUACUGUGGAUGCAACGCUGACGCGGCUCGUAGACGAGAAACACUACCUACAUCUUUUUAAUCAGUAGUGUGUUAAAGAGAUAGAUGGUGCUAUUUGCGACUUGAGGGCCAGUGUUGUUACCCUAGUCCAAGCAGUAAGUCAUGUGUAUAUUGUUUGUAGAAUAAUCUGUACCACGGAAACUUUUGAUGUACAGAUAGUACAGAUACCUGUGCGUAGCAUUAAAAAGUAUUUUACACCCGCUUUUAAAGUGUGUAGUAUUUUAUUUUAUCUCACAAAUUUAAUUUUUGUUAAAACUUUUAAAUGUAUAAAGUAUAAUGUGAUUCUUAUUUGUGUCAUAAGAAAGGGGAACUAUGUGUAUUAAAUAUUCCUGUAAUAUUUGUUGUGAAAAUACACUGGUUAAAUUUGAUUCUUUCUGAUAAUUAUUGUUCUGAUUACAGAAUAAAAAAUGCUCGUUUUCGCCCGUGCACAGAUAAGCCAGCGAGGUGUUCAAAAUGAUCUACAUAAGCUCUUAUUCUAACAACAAUAAAGAUAUGUUCAGAUCAUAUUGAGCCCCUACUGAUUCUGCUGUUGACUGUACAAAAAUGUAUGUCUGAUGCAACGAUGCGCGCAAAAUAUUGUAUAUAACAACGCUUUUACCCUCCUAAGUCAUAAAUGCUUCAAAGUUCAUGUAGUUAGUGCCAUAGGUGGGACUGUAGGCCUGCACGAGGAGGUUGUUUUUACAUAUCCAAUCGUAUCAUAAUAUCAUUGCGACCUUUGCCGGGCAAAAUAUUAUUAAUUACUAGUAUGUGAUCUAUUGCCUGAUUUUAUAACCAUGUCAUGUUCCUCAAAACUAUAUAUAGUCUGGCGAACCAGUUUUGUUAGUAACAGUAGAAUAUAAAACUAUAUACACUUUUUAGGGUUUUAAUACUAGCAUAAGAAAAUACUGAUUCUCCCUGCCUUUGGUCCACUGACAAGCGACUGCCAAACUAUACCUAAUUAUGCUGUUGAUGUUGACUGUACAAAAAUGUAUGUCUGUUGUAACGAAGCGCUCAAAAAUUGUAUAUCACACGCUCUAAAUUUCAUUGACAUAGUUAAUUAGAAUGCCUUAGGUCCUGCCUAGACCUUUGUUUCUGCAUAUCCGGCCGUAUCAUAAUAUUAUUGCGCGCUUUGCCGGGCUAUAGUAUUGGAUUCUUCCUAGUAUUGUGUCUACUGUCUCGUUUUUAGGGUUCCGUACCCAAAGGGUAUAGACGGGACCCUAUUACUAAGACUCCUCUGUCCGUUUGUCCUUCUGUCUGUCACCAGGCUGUAUCUCAUCAACCGUUAUUCAGAACAAUCACAAUGAAACGAAUUAAUAGACGUCGUUGUGAAUAAUAAUAAGUAAAAAUCGUGAAAGAGUAAACCAAUGUUCUAUCUCUAAUAAUACCAAGUAUUUUAAAUUAUUAGUGAAAAGGAUUAAACAAACUUUGUAAUAGUAGUUUAAUCAGUGACUGCUACAUAAUGAAAGGCAUUAAAAUACAUGUAAGUUUAAGAAACGACCGUAGUGAGCUUCGACAAAAUCUAAUUUGAUUGGCCUAAUGCAAGAGGGGCUUUGCUUAAGUUUUUUACCUAUAACAUAUAUAUAAAAAAAAAACAGAAACUACAUUUCAGCAUAAAAUUAAGGUAAUGUUGUAAGAUUACACGGGCAACGGAGAUUACUCCAGUCUAGGCAACCUUUGUCAUUCAUGACAUCAAGAACACUAACUAAAGCAAUGUAGGUACCUACUGCGAAAGCUGGUCACUGCAAUAUUGCUCCACUCCACAUCGAUACAUGUAUCAAUAUAGGAAAAACCGGACAAGUGCGAGUCGGACUCGCCCACUGAGGGUUCCGUACUUUUUAGUAUUUGUUGUUAUAGCGGCAACAGAAAUACAUCAUCUGUGAAAAUUUCAACUGUCUAGCUAUCACGGUUCAUGAGGUACAACCUGGUGACAGACAGACAGACGGACAGUGGAGUCUUAGUAAUAGGGUCCCUUUUUUUACCUUUUAGGGUACGGAACCCUAAAAAUGUAUGCGUAAUUCCAUACAGUUGAGACGUUUAGGCAUUAUUAGUCAUUCUAUAAGUUGCGGCAGGUUCAGAAAACGGAGUUUUUAAAAAGUCGUAGGGCUUUUUGGAUCACAAUAUGGCUGCCAUACAUUUAAUUACCUAGAAAUUUUGAGGCCUUUCUCACACGACUGUAUCGAUUCGAAUUCGGAGGUUUUGACUAUCGCUCGAUAGAAAAAAAAACCGGCCAAGUGCGAGUCCGUACCAUUACGGAAAAAAAACAGCAAAAAAAUCACGUUUGUUGUAUGGGAGCCCCAUUUAAAUAUUUAUAUUAUUCUGUUUUUAGUAUUUGUUGUUAUAGCGGCAACAGAAAUACAUCAUCUGUGAAAAUUUCAACUGUCUAGCUAUCACGGUUCAUGAGAUACAGCCUGGUGACAGACAGACAGGACAGCGGAGUCUUAGUAAUAAGGUCCCGGUUUUACCCUUUGGGUACGGAACCCUAAAAAAUCACGAACAUAGGUCUAAAAUGCACUUUUGAUAUCCGCGCUCCCGGGCACGCACUUCAAUCUCGUUCAAGCUUACGCUCAGUGAGAGUGAGAGAAGAACACGAACUUACUGGGCCUUAAAUUGCCAGUGCGUGAAUGUUAUGCGAUAUUUUUAUUUUAUUAUUAUGGAUAAUUAAUUAAUUUUACAGUACAUAUGGUGCUACUUUCUCGCACUAGUGCGUCAAAUAGCACUUUUCGUGCAUAUGUCGAAAGUUAAAGGGCCAUAUGUACUGUAAAACGUUGUACGAGACACGUGCGAAUAGGUAAUUCGCAACUCGUGUCGAUUUAAAACACUCCCUGCGGUCGUGUUUUAAUUUAUCGCCACUCGUUUCGAAUUUCCUCUUUUCCGCACUUGUAUCGUAAAUAACUAUUUUUUUGUAUAUAGACAUUAAGUAUGAGGGCCAAAAUGCUAAAAUGGUAUGUUGUGUAAAAUGAUGUACUUAUAAAGCAUGUGAAAGUAAACUUAAUGAAUGUUAUAUUUUUUCCUCUUGUAUGUACAACUGGCUGAGGUACAGUCGCCAUCAGAUAUAUCGGAGCGGUCGAGUUGCUCACAAAUAUCUGAACACGCACUCUAACCCCCUGACAAUAUGGGCGUAUUUAGAUAUUUGUGAGCACCAUG